GCAGUGAUAUGUUUGAAAUCCGUACUGUAUAUUUUUAUGUGUUGCUAACUUAGCCUACGUGUUAUUACAAAGACAUAUUUUAUAACAUUUAGCCUGUAUGCAUUUUUUUAUUGUGAACAUUUCUUAUUUUUGAAAUUUUGCCAAGAUCAACUUCGCGUACAGAAGAAUAUCGCUUAAACUUUUAAAAUUCGAAAUUGAAUGUCACCUAUACAUUGAAGUUAUGUUUGGAUAUUUUGUUGCUAUGAUGAAUCAGCAGCAGCACUGCUGACUUUCAAGAAUGGAGGUGUGAAGUAUGGUAACAUGAAGCAAGAGACUACGGGCAAUGGAAUGGACCAGGACCAGGAGGAAACACCUAUCCUUGGGCCAGCUGCUCUGGGUCUGAAGCGAAUUGGGGAGGAGAUGCCCCCCAGACCAGCACCCCAGCAGCCUGGUCUUGUGCUGAACAGGCGGGGAAUGCCUGCUCGUAUCCGUAAGAAGAAUCGCCUCUUUUUUGAUGAUGAUGUUAUCAAUACAUUGUUGCCACGCUCAUCACCAAAGCGUGGUCCAAAGGGCUCUCCAGCUAGGAAAGCUGCUUCCUUGGCUGCAUCAGGUAGCAAAGUGCAAGCACUGCAGAUAAAGAAACAUCAGCCACCAGUUCCGCCCAGUGAGUUUCAGCACACAGAUGCACAUGAGGGAAGUGCCAGUAGUUCAGUGAUUCACACAUCCCCUGACAGGCGUGUGGGGCAGAAAAUUGGCAUGAGGUUGCGCAACCUGCUGAAACUUCCAAAAGCCCACAAGUGGGUCUGCUAUGAAUGGUUUUACAGCAACAUUGACAAACCGCUGUUUGACGGGGACAAUGACUUCAUGAUCUGCCUGAAGGAGUCCUUCCCACAUUUGCGAACUCGUAAGUUGACGCGUGUGGAGUGGUGCAAGAUCAGGCGCAUGAUGGGCAAACCACGGCGCUGUUCUCAGGCAUUCUUUGAGGAGGAGCGGCGUGAGCUGGAGCGUAAAAGGGCGAAGAUCCGCCUAUUGCAACAGCGUAAGACUGCUGAUGUGACUAACUGCAAGGAUCUUCCUGGGGAGAUACCCCUGCAGCUUGUGAUUGGCACCAAAGUGACAGCCCGCCUCAGGAGACCACAGGAUGGACUAUUUAAUGGCAGCAUUGAUGCUGUUGACACUUCCAACAACACGUAUAGGAUAACAUUCGAACGCACUGGCCUUGGCACCCACUCAGUGCCAGACUAUGAAGUACUGUCUAAUGAGCCACCAGAGACCAUAACUGUGUCAAGUUUUGCCCAGAAAUUCCGGCCACGCACCAUGGUUCCCUACAUGACCCCCCCACGGUUCUCUUCAGAUCCUUCAUCUCCGAAACUGAACAACGAUCCAUUGCUGGCAGGAUCCCCCAUGAUCAAAGCUAAGAGCUUUCCAUCGGAUGGGACUGUGGGAGGCUUCCCAGUCAAGUUUCUGGAAACAGUGGUGAGGUUAUCCAAGAUUCUUAAAGCAAAGAAGACCAGGAUCGAGGUCCUAAGAGAGAUGAAUACAGAGGCAGAGAGAAAAAAGUCCUUUGGAGCACACAUCCCAGAAGAUUUCCAACGACGUUAUGCGAAUGUCAUCAUUGAUUUGGAGCACCUGAACCGCGACCUGCAGGAUUAUCUGACGAGCGUGCAAAAUUACUGCCAAGAGAUUGCCCCAGAGCCUAGCAUUGCAGCCAUGCUAGCCCCAUCUCAUCUUCGUGAGAGGAGUCAGGAGGAGGCACGAGAUCUUGUGGUGAAGCACAACACACAUUCAGAGGUCCGCCUUCCAGUCAAGAGCGAGCGUAUGCUGAGCCUCAUCACACAGCUCACUGCACUCAUGUUGCAAGUGAAGAGCUUGUCAGACGCAGACCGUAAUGCAUAUGAGGUGAAGGUCCUUCAAGACUCAAUGGAAGAGAUCCGUUCACGUCUAAGUCCAAAAAACCAACGGAUGUUCCAGAAUUGUGUGGAGAUCCACAUGCAACACAUUCAGCUCGGACUUGGUCAAUGUGGUUCCCUUGACCCAUUUAUGAUUCAGCAUGCAUGAGGUCUUAUAAUUCCUGUGCCCAUCCAUGCCAUCAGGUGCUGCCACUUGUGCAUAUACUCAUAUGUCUGUGUGGAUGGGCGGAGAAAAAAGGGUGGUAAGGAGAGGAGUGGAACCUAAGAAAAACUGGCCUGGUCCCUGUGUCACCAUUGUGAUUCAUGAUGAACUCAGAACACUGUAUGAGAUCUGGGAUUGUUACAGCAGUGAAUAUUAAACUUAUGGUCUUCAGGGAUGUGAUGUGGUGUUCGAAGGAUAUCCAGAAAGUAAAGAUACAACGUCCAGAAAACAUUUGUAAAGAAUUUUCUUUAUUCACUUGUAGCACUUUUACAACACACCUUUAUUUACUUUCCAGCAUAGUCACCAUGGAUCUCAAUGCACUUAAUGAGCCUGGGAGGCCACGCCAUAGCUCAAGCGGUUAGUCGCUGCCUUCCCACCUCGACAGCCUGGGUUCGAUCCCGGGU